GCAGGAGAAAGAUGUUGCAUGCUGUACCCAGACUCCAGGCUCUGAGCCCAGUUUCUGGACUCCACAGGUGUCACCUUGGGCUGCUGUCCCAGAGCCUGGAAUUCAGCUCGCCUGCAGACAACUACACAGUGUGUGAAGGUGACAACGCCACCCUCAGCUGCUUCAUCGACGAGCACGUCACCCGCGUGGCCUGGCUGAACCGCUCCAAUAUCCUGUACGCUGGCAAUGACCGAUGGACCAGCGACCCCCGGGUGCGGCUGCUCAUCAACACACCCGAAGAGUUCUCCAUCCUCAUCACCCAGGUGGGGCUCGGCGAUGAGGGCCUCUACACCUGCUCCUUCCAGACCCGCCACCAGCCGUACACCACUCAGGUCUACCUCAUCGUGCAUGUGCCCGCCCGCAUCGUGAACAUCUCCUCUCCUGUGACGGUGAACGAAGGGGGCAAUGUGAACCUGCUCUGCCUGGCUGUGGGGCGGCCAGAGCCCACAGUCACCUGGAGGCAGCUUCGAGAUGGCUUCACCUCUGAGGGCGAGAUCUUGGAGAUCUCCGACAUCCAGCGAGGCCAGGCCGGGGAGUACGAGUGUGUGACUCACAACGGGGUCAACUCUGCGCCCGACAGCCGCCGGGUGCUGGUCACCGUGAACUAUCCCCCGACCAUCACCGACGUGACCAGCGCGCGCACAGCCCUGGGCCGGGCCGCCCUCCUACGCUGCGAAGCCAUGGCGGUGCCACCCGCAGACUUCCAGUGGUACAAAGACGACAGGCUGCUGAGCAGCGGCUCGGCGGAGGGCCUGAAGGUGCAGACUGAGCGCACCCGCUCCAUGCUGCUCUUCGCCAACGUGAGCGCCCGACACUACGGCAACUACACCUGCCGCGCAGCCAACCGGCUCGGAGCAUCCAGCGCCUCCAUGCGACUCCUGCGUCCAGGAUCCCUGGAGAACUCAGCUCCGAGGCCCCCGGGGCCCCUGACCCUCCUCACCGCCCUGGGCUGGCUGUGGUGGAGAAUGUAGGGGUCACCCAGUUCAGUGCACCUCCCUCUGAAGGGGGCCUCGGGCCAAGAGCAAGAGAAAAGGGGGAGCAAGUGCUGUGGGUCUCCAGGGAGACAGAAGAGCUCUCAGCCACUGAGGAAGAGGAGGAGGAAGAGGAGGUGGAGGAGGAGGAAGAUCUUUAGAGAACCCAUCACUGUGAGGGAUAACGCAAAAUUAUGCAUCUUUCUACAGCCAUUCUCGCCACCCUGUUCACGUUUCUGAUUGUGACCCACCCCCGGCCACCCCACACCCCUCUCUUAGCUCAGGCUGUCAACUGGCUCGUGUGUGUGGGUGGGUGUAUGAGUGUGCGUCUGCAUGUUGUGUAUGUGUGUAAGGGUGUGUUGGGAGAGGGGACCAGGAGGCUUCCCUCCUCCCCACGGCCCCUCCCCACAGCCCCUGCCCAUCCCCGCUGCCUCUCUUCCUCUGGCUGGAGGUAGGUAUGGGGGCUUCUCAGUGGAUGACUGCCUGCUUUCCACCUUCCCAUAAUAUGCACGAACACCUACCCCUCUCCUUCCUAUUGAAGAGGUGUCUCCUGGAUGGGGGCAGGUGGGGUGGGUGUCAGGUGUCACUCAGCCUUUAUAAAUAGGUGGGGCUCUCCAUCGUGGCUCCUUCCUGCCUGCCCUACCACCAGCUGCCUGUAGCCAGAAGCCCUCAUCACUGGCUCUACGGCCUGAAACCUUCCUCCCUAGCCCUGCCUUUCCCCAACCCUGGACUUUCUGGCCCCCUCGGGGGGCCAAUCGGUGCUUCCAUUAAAUUGUCAGGCUGGUGGCACUUGUCACCUGUCUGUCUCAGUGCUUUGCCCCACCCCACCCCCAUCCCCCUUGGCCACAGUGGCACCCACCAGCUGCGGCUUCCUGGCCACCCACUCCCUGGCCUCUCUACCCACUGUACCUCUAAAGGCUGCUGUGACCGCCCUCCCACACACUCAGACACACACACACCCACACACCAGCGACUGCGACCAGCAAUAGCUCCUGGCUCCAACUGUCCCAUAGUCUGUGACCAGCAGUGAUCCCAAAGAGGGUCACUGUAAUUAGCAAAGGAGGUUCUGAGUGUGGCAGGCACCCCACUUGCCCUGAUAUACCACACCUCACAGGGUGGGGGAGGAGAGGAGACACACAGAUACCCUGAGCCCAGCCAGAGGCACCAUGCUACCAACCCUGACUUCGAUAACUACCCACCCCAAACCACACCACUCAGAGCCUGGUGGAGACAGGGCAGAGGGGGGCAGGGGCAGUGACUGUACCUCAGACGGGGGCGUGGGCCCCAUCCCACAUUGUCUUCCAUUCCCAGGGUCCGGGAU